AUGCUUUCGGCUACUAUUCGACGUACUGCUCUUGUCAGUUCACGAUUGGUAUAUCCGCGCUUGAUGCAACGCUCUGUGGCUGGAUUAAUUCCAGAACUACCGCAAUUUGAUCCUAUUGUUGCUCGAAAGCAGUUCAAAGAAACACAUGAUCAUUCGACACUCUUCAAAGUAGAACGCUACUGUGUAGCUGGUAUGCUUCCACUUCUUCCAGCGUCGUAUUUCGUUCAUGGACCUCUCAUGGAUGCAGCUUUAGCAGUUUCAAUCGCAUUACAUGUCCAUUGGGGUAUGCAGGGCUUAUUCAGCGACUAUGCUCGUCCGUUUGUGCUUGGUCCAGCGUUGGCAAAGGUCGUUCAAGGUCCACUUGUUUAUGUACUUAGUAUUUCUUUGCUGGCUGGUUUGUUGCAUUUUAACUCUUAUGACGUUGGCAUAACGAAAGCCUUUGAAAUGAUUUGGUCUUUAUGA